AUGACCCACCAAACCCACGCAUAUCACAUAGUAAAUCCAAGCCCAUGACCACUAACAGGAGCAAUGUCAGCUCUUCUACUUACAUCUGGUUUAGUAAUAUGAUUCCACUACAACUCCACAACUCUCCUAUCAUUAGGUCUCCUAGCAAAUAUCCUAACAAUAUAUCAAUGAUGACGAGACAUUAUCCGCGAAGGAACAUACCAAGGCCACCACACCCCCAUUGUACAAAAAGGACUUCGAUACGGAAUAAUCCUAUUCAUUAUCUCCGAAGUAUUCUUUUUUGCUGGAUUUUUCUGAGCAUUCUACCACUCCAGCCUAGUCCCCACCCACGACCUAGGCGGUUGCUGACCCCCAACAGGAAUUACCCCCUUGAACCCUCUAGAAGUACCUCUCCUAAACACAUCAGUUCUUCUAGCAUCAGGAGUCUCAAUUACAUGAGCACAUCACAGCCUAAUAGAAGGCAACCGAAACCAUAUAAAUCAAGCCUUACUAAUCACCAUCCUCCUAGGACUUUACUUCACUAUCCUACAAGCCUCAGAAUACUUUGAAACAUCAUUUUCUAUCUCAGACGGAAUUUAUGGCUCAACAUUCUUCAUAGCAACAGGAUUUCAUGGCCUACAUGUAAUUAUUGGCUCAACUUUCCUUAUCGUUUGUCUAUUACGACAACUAAAAUUUCACUUUACAUCAAAACACCAUUUUGGGUUUGAAGCCGCAGCAUGAUAUUGACAUUUCGUAGAUGUAGUUUGACUAUUCCUAUAUGUUUCUAUCUAUUGAUGAGGAUCAU